AUGCUCUCGUUGCCUCCAUUGUGGAUCAGGAUGGUCUUUGUCCAUUUYGUGCUCAUAUACGGAACAAACAAUGUGGAUACCAUCGGCCACACUUAUACGGACGAGCAGCUUCGCCAGAGGAGUAUGGGAGCAAGACUCGUACUGGCAGCAAGGAUUUUCUACGCCAUGUUCAUCUGGAUCAUGAAGCUCACAGUCUCAGAGUUCCUCAAGCGAAUCACCAUUCGUAUAUGGCGUCGAAGCUACGAAAUAACACUCCAGSGCAUACGCGUGUUCCUUUUCCUCACAUUUGGUGCUGUCGUAGUCGCUACCUUGACGGAGUGUCAACCCUUUGAUCACUAUUGGCAAGUCAUGCCAGAUCCCGGCCCGGGGUGCCGACAGGGCUUUGCUCAGCUUCUUACCAUGGGGACAUGUGACAUUAUCACUGAUAUUGUCCUCAUUGCCUUCCCUAUUCCGGUCGUGUUGAGCUCUGGGCAAACAUGGAAGCGUAAACUUCAGAUGGUGUCUCUCUUUAGCUUGUCCAUUAUCAUGAUCGGUAUGACGGCAACUCGAAUGCCGCAAGUGAUAGAGGCACGAGGUCGCCAGCAGUAUCGGACCGUAUGGGCUUCCGCUGAGAUUCUAGCAGCCACAUUCGUGGUCAAUGCAGUAACCCUUGGAUCAUUUCUCCGUGAUAAAGGGUCGAAGAAGAACAAAUUCAAGCGAGCUUACAGCGUCAGCGAGAGCGUUGAACGAGCCUCCGCAAGGAAACCUACUCUUGCGACUCUAUAUCAAUUCGACAGCGACGAUGACGAUGACGAUGCAGCAUUGUUCCACUCAAUGGGAUAUGGUGUCCCUGCGCACCUUCGAAGCCGGAAAUCCAAUACUCCGCGGCCAGCACCACCCGCGUUGACUGCGAGUCAAGGACUCGCUAUCGUCAGGGAAGACGCGGAGGAGAUAGAGCUCGAAACGAGGGACCCGCGUGGAAGUACCGACAGUGAAGAUUCCUGGGGGGCGCCCAAGUCGAUUCGCAUCUCCCAGUCGGGCGCCCCCACCACAAAGAGCGUGGAUCUUUUCGAUGUAGGCCAUUUACUCGAGGACGACGAGCAAAGCCCAACACGGCCACUUUCGCUGCUCACGACGGUAGACUCGGGAUGCGACAACGUUUCUGCGCAGGACUUUGCAACAUCGAGCCACGAAAACUCGGGGCAUCACAACUUUUUGAGAGAUGUUGGAGGCAUUCUGAGCACGACGUUUGUGAGCGAUCUGAGAAACAGCGCAUUAUCCCCGCGACGACACCACGACCACCACUCCCAUAGAGCGAGCGGAGCUCGGCAAGACACAGCACCAAUAGGGGUAGUAGGGCCAAGGUUGGAAAGACAUGCGACAGAAGUCUCCCUCCAAGAUGCUGGCGGACUUCUGCGGUCCGCGACUUAUCACGACGAUGCCGGUGAGCUUGUCUCGAUAUCGCAGCCCGCCGAGUCUUCAGAAGCCGGGCUGCAUUUUGCAGACGUGGGAGGAUUGCCACUUGACGAUGACAGGCAACCUGAUCACAGCGCUAUCGCACUGCGACCUUUGCGAAGCCGCCAAAGUCUCGGACAGCAAUCCGCGGCUUCGCCCCCACAGCGAGCCCAAGGGCCGGACGAUAUGGUUCUGCAUGACCCUGGUGGGCUCAUGGACGAAUAG